UUCAGAUGGGCACAACAAGUGCGCGCGUGCUAGUAAUCUACACACACCUAGUAUUGAGAAAAGAGCAGUGAAAGUGGUGAGUGACAUUUGCAACAGCAACAACAAAACCUAAAUAUGUACAUACGCAUGCACAAUGUGAGCAGAAAGUGUGAGUGCAGAAGUGAAGUGAAGCAUUAGAUUAGCGACGGCAAAACCGCGAUUAGCGCUGGUUUAAAACGCGCUUCAGGUGAAAGCGCGGAAAUUCACUCUCAAAGCAUCUAUUGUGUCACUGAUGGUGGGUGCGUGCCACCACAGUGGGUAGUGAGACAUCUUUACCUGCCACUUUAAAGUUUCGCUUUGCUGAUUGUCGUGCCCGUCAUUUGUAUUUGACGGAAAUAUCCGACUUAUCCGGAAAAGGAAAUUUUACGUCGCGCUUUCCACACCUUCGGCAUUGACGUGGUUGAGUGUUUGUUGUUGCCAAAUUUUAAUUACUUUCUGCGUUUACCGUGGGUAGACGGAGGUUUUUUGUCUUUUUACGCAGCUGUUUUGGUGAAUGGGGUUGAGAGGAGAGAUUAAGAAAAACGCUUGAGUGGCGCCCUCAAAAUCAAGUGAAACUUACACGUUCCCUUGGUGUGUCAGUGUUUGCUCAACGGAAGUGUUAAAUCGUGAAUAAAUUGGUUCACCACUCCUGGGAGUACCAAUAGCAGUUGUACCUUUAAAAAUGCAGUGUUUUGCUUACAAAGGGGCAGGCAAAGUGAAAUAGUUUCCAGUUUUACUUUUAUAAAUGAAAAGAAGUGAACGAGUGGUGAAUUUGGAUACGAGUUAUUGUAAAAGAAGUAAAAUUUCGAAAUAUUUUGUAUCACGCGAUUUGCUAUUUUAAUAAGCAGUUUUACUCUGCUUCAGCUCGUACAUACAUACAUAUGUAUACACGUAUACAUGAAUAUUUGUAUGCGAAGAAAAAUUAGAUCAAUAUACAUACAAACAUACGUACGUACAGUAGAGGAAAUAAUGACCUCAAGCAGUUGAUGGUUAUAUCACGCACAUUAUUAAAUAUGAGUGUAUUGAAAAUGUAAAAGUAACAAAAGCGUGUUUGAAUUCCCAUCGAUUUAGCAGCACAACCCCUGUAGUUCCACACUUUUGGUAAAUUCCAGCUCGUUUUGAUCUGUUCUCAACUGGCACAAUCAAAACAAAGGCACAGCAACAAAAAUAUAAAAAAAAUUGUUAAGCAAAAUAAUUUAGUCACUAACGUUCUUAUACGAAAAAAAACUCGCGUAAAAUAGCUAUUCCUAAAUGGUUUUUCGCGAAAGCGGUCCCACCCUUAAAAAAUUGUGAAGAUAAUCAUCCCAAACCAAACCAAUCCAAAUAUCAACAAAGUUGUAUCAACAAAAUUAUUUUUGUAAUAUAUUUGCUUGUGAAAUCUUCGAACAAAGGCAAUUACUUAGAUACUUUUUGCAUUGCACCAGCUUCAGCGCCAAUCAACAAUACAGCAAAACGAUUCCACCGACCCGCUACCGAGACUACGAACUGAAAAUGUAUAACUUUUGGAUAAUCGUUUUAUGCCUAGGAUUAUUAGCAAGCAAGCCAAUAAACGGACAAUCUGAGCUGGAUGUGCAAUUAGUGGUACCGCGGUACGUGGAACGCGGCUCCAGCGCCACUUUUAAGUGCAGACACAACGUACGACCGGAAAUCCUAUAUAAGGUGACGUGGCUCAAAGUUGACAAGGGUAAAUUUUUUGAAUUCAUAAACGGACGCAAUCCACCAUUCCGGAAUACAUCCAUCGGGGGCGGUGAAAUCGAUUGGGAGAAUUCCAAUGAAACACAGGUGACGUUGAAAAAUGUUGACUUUGAUUUGUCUGGACAAUUUUUCUGCGAGGUUUCAACGGACGCACCUAUUUAUACAAAGGCGUCUGUCGAUGAACUGCUAUCAGUAUUUUUGCCACAAACUGGUCCACCCAUAAUAAAGUUCCGAAAACGAAUGCCGUUUGUCAUAGGGGAAAAAUUAUUUGCUUUAUGCAAUACGACUCGCGCCUUUCCCGCACCGCACAUCACUUGGCUCAUCAAUGGCAAGAAGGUUGAUGAUAAAUAUGUGCGAACACAUCACGCUUAUUCAAUGACCAACAAAAGCCAUAGACGUACGCAACAGCAACAUCAAAUACAGCAACAAUUAUUGCAACAGCAGUACUAUCAACAACAAUUUCACAGCCAAUAUCAGCCUCAAUAUCAAAUACCACAUUUUAAUGACCGCUAUGACAAGAGUUUGCGUUGGAGCGGCGGACGACCAGAUGAUUUCACGUCGCAUAGCGCAUACCACCACGAUGGCCACCAUCAUCCUGCGAACAUUUACAACAAUCCCUUCAGUUCCUUAGCCAACAUGCACGAAGUUUAUGAAACCCAUGAGAUCCAUCAGCGAAAAUACGACAAUAAACAGAGAGAAAUGAAAAAGCACAUGGAAAUGAAGAAACACAGAAACUCAUCAAAGCAGAAAUAUCGCCGGCACAUCAACGAAAACGCUCUCGGAAUAAUACGCAGCACCCUCAACAGUGGCGGUUUCGGCCCCCAGCCUCCUAACCUGAACAAUGAGCUUGGUAUACCACCAAACGCGGGACCAAUGAGUCAACUAGCUGCCGGCUAUGGUCGCCCAAUAUCGCAUCCUGGAGGCGGCAUGGGUGUGGCAGCAGCUGCUGCAGCGGUUACGGCGGCUACGAAGGAAAGGGGUAUGUUCUCUCUUAGCCAGCUCAAUAUAGACUUGGACGAAGUGCAUAACAACAAUGGCCGCAUGGAACUGACGUGCUUGUCCACAAUACCAUCAGCAAUCGGCCAAGGGGAGCAGUUUGCUGAUUACAAGACAUACUCAGUGAAAGUUGAACUCAUACGAGCGGAAACAUCGUCGACAACAACAGCAGUCCCCAGCAUAGGUAUGGCAGCGUUAGGCAAUGGCGCCUCACACACCGCGGAGACGGCUGCAGCGGGCCGGCCAACCAUCAGCCUCACAUUGGGAAGCAGCUACACGUGGGCUUCACUGAUUUUGCAGGUAGCUCUGUUGCAGAUGUUGAGAUACUGAAGGAUAAAAAAGGAAGCUACCACGCACCGGCAGUCUGACGGUAGGUGCCUCCGGCUUCGGUUAUCCGCGCAACCCCGUCUCGGCCCACCGAUCAACCAACCGAAUGUAAAAGCAAAAGUCUUGGUUCGCUGUAGUUGAAACUACAAUUAAACCCAGCUGAUAUGUACCUUUAGCAAAAUACCCCUAUUCCUUUCUUCACAUACUUUAUAACACAAGCAAAUAAAACAAAACAGUAGAUGCUUAGAAAUAAAAAGGGGGCAACGUUACGGAAACUGGAUAUAAAAAUGAACCGGCGAAAUGUAAAAAGUUAGAGAGAACAGGUGAAAUAUUUGUUUACGUACUUGCGCAUUUGUUGUUGUUGAGCAAACGACAGGGUGGUGCCGGAUAGCCGGGAAACAAACAAUAAAGUAAUGACUGUAUGUAAAAAGUAUAAAUUAAAACAGAAAGAGAAGUACAUACAUACAUAUGUAUGUGUAAUAAAUAUAAAAAUAUAUAAAAUUCAAAAUAGUUAAAGCUAA